AUUCUUCAGCAUCUUAUUAGGCAAAGUAAAGCACCAAGAAUAGAAUUAGAUACCAAUAUAUAGCAAUAAAUUAUUUUUGUAUAUAUGAUAUGAUUUUCUAGGAACCACACCACUGACACUUGCACCUUCCUUUGUGUUUCCUUUUUACUUAUUAUUUAUUUCUUCUGAUCACCAUAAAAAAUUACAUUACAAUAUACAUAUAUAUACAUGCCAAUGUUUCAAUAUAUAUAGAGAGAGAAAAUCUUAGUUAUUUGAAUUGAUGCUAUGGGAAAUUUGUUAGGUAAAAAUAAAAAGCAUGAGUCUGAGAAACAGCAUUCUAGGAAUGAUAAAGAAAGAGGUGGAAGAAUCUCUUCUCUUAAUUUUCAAACUCAAAAUCAAAAACCUAUUCCAUUACCACUUCCACCACAAGUUGCUUCUUCUAUGUCUAGGAAAUCAAGUUUUGGGAAACAAAAUUCUGGACAAAGUUCAAAUACUAAGAAACCUACCAAGAAAUAUGCUUUCAUUCCAGAUAACUUCACUACCCUUGAACAGGUCAUUGCGGCCCUUAGGAAAGAAGGUUUAGAGUCAUCAAAUCUCAUCCUUGGAAUUGAUUUCACAAAGAGUAAUGAAUGGACUGGUAAAGUCUCAUUCAAUAAUAGAAGCCUACAUGCAAUUGGAGAGACACCUAACCCUUAUGAGAAAGCCAUAACAAUUAUUGGCAAGACUUUAGCUCCCUUUGAUGAUGACAACUUGAUUCCAUGCUUUGGUUUUGGUGAUGCUACUACACAUGAUCAACAAGUAUUCAGCUUUCAUAGUGAUCAUUCACCUUGCCAUGGUUUUGAGGAAGUUUUGGAUUGCUACAAAAAAGUUGUUCCAAACUUGAAACUCUCAGGACCAACUUCUUAUGCUCCUGUCAUUGAGGCUGCAAUGGACAUAGUUGAGAAAAGUCAUGGCCAAUUUCAUGUCUUGGUUAUCAUUGCAGAUGGCCAGGUUACAAGAAGCGUAGAUACUAAUGAUUAUGAACUAAGCCCUCAAGAAGAGAAGACAAUCAAAGCAAUUGCUAAUGCAAGUGCAUAUCCGCUUGCUAUAGUUCUGGUUGGAGUUGGCGAUGGACCAUGGGAAGACAUGCAAAAGUUCGACGACAAGAUUCCAGCUCGCGAUUUUGAUAACUUUCAGUUUGUUAAUUUCACGAUGAUCAUGUCUAAAAACACAAGCCCUGCCGAGAAAGAAGCAGCUUUUGCUCUGGCCGCUCUCAUGGAGAUCCCUUUCCAAUACAAAGCAUGCAUCGAAUUUCAAAAACUUGGGCGCGUAACAGGAAGAGCAAUGAGAAUAAUUCCAAAAACUCCUCCUGUUGUUUAUUCUCGUCCUGCACCAAACAUUCCGACAGCAUCAACAACAACAUCAACAACAACAACAACAGAUGAACAAAAUCAAUCUGCCUGUCCUGUUUGUUUGACCGAUGCAAGAGAUUUGGCGUUUGGAUGUGGGCACAUGACUUGCAGAGAUUGUGCAUCAAAGUUAAGUCAUUGUCCAAUAUGUAGAGUCAGGAUCACUAGUCGUCUUAGAGUAUACACUGGUUGAUGAUGUUGCACUAUAGAGCUUAGAAAAUCGACAUGGAUUUCUUAUAAAUUAACAUAAUGAGAUUGGUGGACAUGGAAAAGUGGAAUGAGUUUCUGUAAGUUUGAACCUCCUCCACUUCCAACUGACUUUUUUAAAUUUCAAGAAACAGUUAAUCUAUAUUUCUAAUUUUUCCUUUAAAAGUAACAUUUCAUGUAAAAAAACUUAUAAUGAAAUGGAGGAAAUAUACAUUUUGUUCUAA